AUGGCCGAUUCAGCUUCAAUACUCGGUACGAUCGUCGCCGUGAGCUCCUCUGCUGCUCAGCUUGCCCUCACCAUCUUUCGCCUUGUGCACGAGGCGAAGGAUGCACCCCAAAUUUUGACCGACUUUCGCCAAGAGCUGUUCCAAUUUAAGGAACUUCUCAGCCAAAUAGAAGGCAUCCUACUUGACGAUGAAGAGAAGUCCGAGAAGGCCCAAGAGCAGCUUUUACCGAUUAAGAAGCUGUUGGAAAAUUGCAGCGACUAUCUGAUUCGGGCCAAACACCAAUUCCCCGAGCCCAAUGAGUACGACCCUCAUGUGUCACUGUUGCAGCGACUUCGGCUGGUCGUGAAGAAGGACGCAUUCGUGGCUUCACGCGCCCACAUGCAGAUGGUUGCCCAGAUCCUUACGCUACAGCUCCAGAGGAUAGCUAUCGUGAAGACUUUCCACAUCUCAGGUACGCAAGACCACAUUGAAGAGUCACAGGCGCGGACGGAGAAGGAAAUCCAAAAGCUAGAACCAAUCCUACGAGCCGUGCAGUUUAAAUUAGCCACGAUCGAGAAGCACAUCUCCGGCGACGAUGAUGACAGCGAAGACAGGACGUUGAUUGAAACCUCGAGAGGGCCUGAAGAUUUUAGACUCAGGCACGAGCAGUAUCUCGCUAAGUAUGCCAGGCACAUGCUCGACUCAGGUCGUCAAUUUGAGGAACAGAUGAAGAUUAAAGCUCAGACUGCCUAUGGGUCUGAUACUGGCUCUCAGCCGGGCACAAUUGCCCAGUGGAGAGCUGAAGUGGCAACAGAAGCAAUUCCUGGCGGGGCAAGCGAUUUGAGGACUCCACCUCAGAGCAUUCGUAGUUCUUUGCCGCCAAUUCAAGAAGUCAAGGCAGAUAUAUCUGUCAGCUUUUCGCGCAAUCCUAAUUUCAUACGUAAAAGGGUAGAUCUCUUUCAGAAAGAAGUUACUAGGCAGGCAGCAGCUGGAGCAUUUGAUGACGCGCGCGAGAAUCAAAUCAAAUCAAUCAAUCUACUCGAGGAGCUAGAAGCAAGUCACAAUGUCAAAUUUGAGGAGAAGGUCCCAUAUGUAAAGAAACUAGCCCAGCUCUACAUGCAAGAUGACACACUUGGGAGCUAUGAGGAGGCCGCGAAUAUACUUAAGCGAUUGUUGGCAGACAUAGCAACUGAUAAUAUGGAGGUAACUAGUGCGCUGCAUCAAAUGCUAGCUGUCGUUUAUGACGGUAAGAAAGACUGGAAGUAUGCUGAACUACAUGCCGGUAUUGCGCUCGAUCAACGGGAGAAUCUGCCUGGUCCGCCCGCAGCACUGAUACAAGAAUCUGCCGCAUUUCUGAUUGACUUCUAUGAGAAGCAGAAUGAUACCGAUUCUGCGUCGAUGGCCUUCGCGUUGAGAGCUAGUUACAGCGACUAUCUAGUCUCUAGCCCAUCACCAGAAGCUCGGCGUCAACAAGAGCCUGUAAGAAACGUCUCUGGCAGUUCGGUUGAAAGACAGCUUGAGCUAUCCCCUGAGAUGCAUUGGCUACUCCAUCAGGGGUUCGGAAUUGGCCCUCGAGAUUAUAAAGACCGACUUCACAUGAAAACCAAAAUGACGCCGAUCAUUACUCUUAUUCAAUCCAGCGACCCAAGUGGGAUUGAAAUGCUACGUCGGCUUGUGGAUGACGGAGCUUCCAUCAACAUUCCAGAUGGUGACAAAGACUUGCAAAUGACUCCAAUCAUGUGGGCUGUUAGGUGUAAGAAUGAAGGGGCCGUAAAAUUUCUUCUCAAUGCAAGACCUGACACUCGUAUACCUGACGUGCGUGGAAGGACAGCUCUCCACGUUGCAAUGGACAAAGACUCCACCUCCCUGGCUCAACGAUUGUACGACUACGACGCGGAAUUGAUUCACUUCGCAGAUGGAUUUGGCACCACGCCGCUUCAUUGCGCAGUCGAACGCAAAUCUAAGAAAUUAGUAACGUGGCUACUCAAUAGAAGGGCCAAUGUCAAUGUACAGGACAACGACUGGCGAACGCCACUGCACACAGCUGUAUACAAUGAUGCCAUCGAUCUCAUUACACAAUUGCUCAACCAUAGACCCCCACCAGACUUAUCACUUCGUAACCGUGAAGGCCGCACAGCCAUCGAGGCGGCGAAGGCCAAGGGCAAGAACUCUCGACUGUAUCAUCUCCUAUCUCAUGCAUCUUCGAAUGCUUCUACAGUUACCUCACCUCAGCACAGUCAUCGUCCGUCGACAACGACACUGGUCCCGCAACGUUCAUGGACCACCCUAGCACCUCCUAGUCCAGGCCGGACAUCAUCUCACACAUAUCGCGAUAAGCCGCUGCCUCUAAGUCCCAUAGAGCGGAGUGGCACCGUGUCAUCUUCCUCGACGGAGAAAAGUUUAGGCUUUUUCUCCGCUAAAUGGAAGGCAAAACAUCAUCUAGACACAAAAGUAUAA